CCCUACGUGGCUGAGCGAACAUAAAUAUAACGACUUGACCUCGCCUUCGAAACUCUGCAACUCUACCUCACCUCUUCAUAAAGGACAGCCCAUUACAGCGCAGGAACCGAGGCCAACAAACAAGAUGCAGUUCACAUACCUCAUUUCACUCGCCACGCUGGCCGCGACUACGAUCGCAAGCCCCCUUCCUGCUUUUUCGGGCAGCCCAGCAGAGGAUGUUGUCGUUCCCAAUUGUGGACCCUUCUUUUGUCCUCCUCCGGUGAAGCCUGAUGAGACAAAGUCCGACCCCGUUGUCUCACGUAACCCGGCAGAGGAUGUUGGCGCUCCAUGCGGCCUAGAAUGUCCCCCUUCGGCCGCGACUGUGGCGGUUGAUGCGAUCCCGGUAGCUCCACGCAACCCAGUACUGGAGAGGGACGUCAUCGGUUGCUCCUUCGAAACUUCAGAGGCAUCCGGUGGGCAAUCUGGCUGGGUCUGUCACCAUUGAGCCGCGGCUACAGAUGCAAAGCCCGUCUCUGUCGCCCCCACGUGAGCCAGUGGAGGACAUCUGCAGCCAUCAAUAUUCUCCAUUGAGGUAUGCAGACUGGGGAGGGUUCUUGUUUCAUCACGUAGACUGAUCCAUCUCCAGGGCUAUUCGCAGAAUGCCGUUGGACACGAUCACUAUUCUUUCGAACGACAAUGAAACGGAGCCAGAUCGUCGCACAUUAUUGCGGCGAAGUUCUGUUGAGACGGGACGUGUUUGAUGAAAAAGGGCACGGCUGACGUGAUGUCUCGUAACAUUUCCAAGAACCAUAGCAAUUCGAUUGAAAGGACUUGUCUAUUAUCCUUUGACAGCGUGUGAUUGACAUGCGUUGUAUCACGUGACAUUGGAUUUUGGAGAAAUGCCCAAAAUUAGU